CCACAAUACCGGCGACUGGCGAGGCGAUCAGGCUAGCGAAUUCCCUCAGCACCCAUUUCGCCAGCGUCGGAAAAUGCGGGCUCAUCUGUGAGAAAUUUUCCGUCCGGACAACUCAGCAGACUGCUUCUCGCCGUGAAACCCCCCAAAUCCGCCGGUAGUGGAAUGGCCGGAAUAGUGGUCGUGUUCGACUUUGAUCGGACCUUAAUCGACGGAGACAGUGAUAGAUGGGUGGUGACUCAAAUGGGUCUCUCAUCUUUGUUCAAUCAGCUCCGCACGACGCUCCCCUGGAACUCGCUUAUGGAUAGGAUGAUGGUGGAGCUUCAUUCUCAAGGGAAAACAGCUGCGGACAUUGCUCAGUGCUUAAGUCAGACUCCAUUGCAUCCGCAGGUCAUUGAAGCGAUAAGAUCAGCUCAUGCCCUUGGGUGAUGUGAAUUGAGAAUCAUUAGUGAUGCAAACCUCUUUUUCAUUGAGAAGAUCUUGGACCAUCAUGGACUGUUGGGAUGCUUCUCACAGAUCGACACAAACCCGGGUGAGUUGGAUGAGCACGGGAGGGUUAGGAUCUCGCCUUAUCAUGAUCACAGCUUAUCUCCUCAUGGCUGCUGCCUGUGUCCUUCCAACAUGUGCAAGGGCUUGAUAAUCAAUCAAAUUCGCAGUUCCAUUUCGAACGACGAGAAUAAGCGAUUUAUCUACCUUGGGGAUGGCGGUGGUGAUUACUGCCCGUCUCUGAAGCUUGGAGAAAGUGAUUAUGUAAUGCCAAGGAAGAACUAUCCUCUAUGGACACGAAUUCACAGUGACCCGCUGCUCAUCAAGGCAGAAGUUCACGAAUGGACUGAUGGCGAGGAGCUUGCAGAAAUCCUCCUCCGCCUGAUUCAUACCAUAUCUGCUGAUGGAAAAACUACUUGAGCAAUUCUUGUGAGCUGAAUGAAUUCCUCAUACUGCCGGUUUUCAGGUAACGAGGCAGAUCUCUUGGUCUAUCCUCCCGGUGUUAUUGACCUAUUGAAAUGCAUCACUUUAGGUGGGAUGCCCUUAUUAUUACACCCGAAUAGAGCGAAGCUACGGGUGCUUGUUGUCUGGCAAUAGCUUCUGAACUCGUAGGAGCUUGGUUCCUGCUGUGCAAGUUGCUUGGGAACAAAAGCAGAACUAAAACUGUGGAUUCGUACGGGUGCUCUAUAGUUUAUGUUUUAAGCUGGUGUCUUGUGCUCAGACUUCCUAGAGAGAAAACGAUGUUAUUACGAUGUGAAGUGUUCUUCAUGCGUGUUUGUUGUUAUUGGAAUCUAAGUUACGUUAUUCAAUUCUUACUGGAGAUUUCUACGACUAUGACUACUCUAUAGAGAGAUCUCUAGGUCUGCAACAAAGUGUUCUUCAUGAUGUGUGUAGAGAAACCGAUGAUUUUACAAGUAUUGUCCAUGUGAGUGCUGGAUCC